AUGAUAUUCAAGGCCUCACCUAGUGAUCUGUCGGAAGAUGAUGAAGAGAUUGCCUACUUGACUAGAAGAUUUCACAAAAUUGUCAAACAACAUGGAGGUUAUUUGAAGAAAGGAAACUCCAGUCGAUCAGCAAAUGCUAAUGACUUGUGUAACAAGUGUGGAAAAUCAGGACAUUUCAUUAGAUAUUGUCCAGUGCACAAGUUGGAGUACAAAGAUUACAUCAAAUCUGAGGAGACAAAGAAAAGCGUAGGGGUCAGGUCCUUAACAAAGAAAGAAGAAAGUGUUAUUGCUGAUCAGGUGGUAAAGAAAGCUCUUGCUGCUAGGGGAAACUCUUCGAGUGACUUAGAGGAAUCAGAACACCCUGAAGAUGUAUCUAUGCUGGUGGUCAAAGGCGAUGAAUACAUCUUUGACUCUCUUUUCUCUCUGAUGGCAAAAUCAUAUGAUGAAGACAUCAAGGAAGAGGUAUGUGGAUAGAGAAGCAAAGCAAAGACACUAACAGGCAAAAAAGAGCAAUAUAAGUUGAAGAAAAAGAGAAAACCAAGCCUGACGAUCGCCAAGAGCACUUAGCGAAUCGCCAAAAUUCUCCUAUACCGCCUAAUUUUACAGUACACUGUGCCUGAAAUGAGAAAAACUUGGGUGAACUGUGUUCCAUAUCGGUGAAUCGCCGAACGCACUGAUCGAGAUGAAAGUUCAUGGCAAGCUAAAGGACUAAAGGGCGCAUCGCAGAAGUGAUCAGCAACCCCGAUCUAGAUCACCUAAAGUUACAGUGCCUGAUGGAAGAAAAGGUGAAGAAAAAAGAGCGAUGGACAAGGAAGAUCGGUGAGUCACCGACUGGUCGGCGAAGCCCGACUUUCCUUGCCGAUCAACCCCAAAAAUCCAUGUAUCAGAUAAAUAUAAUUUGACUUUUGGAAGAGAGAGAAGGCAUCCAAUCAUUUUGAGAAACGAAAUAGAGAGA